AUGCCCCCCUGGCGCAUCACCAACACUCCUGCCUCACUCCCAUCCCCAGACAAACUUGCUUCCAGCUUCUCGCUACGCGCGCCUCCCUCAACUGACCUAUGGGACAGUCCGCCGGACACAUGCGUCUUCACGGCCCCCAUUCUCUACCAGAUUCUCACUCUGGUUGCAUUCGGACGGGCCCGGGUCACAAUCACGGCUGACCUGGAUGAGCCAUUUGCGCAAGGAGGGUUAGCCUUGGUCAUCCCGCAGUCUGACGGCAGUCGAAAAUGGGUCAAGACAGGGAUGGAGUUCAUGGAAGGCCGACAGAUUCUUUCUACGGUGGGCAAAGACCGUUGGCCGGAUUGCAGUGCCGGGGGCGUGAUCACGCAAGAGGGAGCGUACAAAACGGUCACCUUGGAAAUCGCGAGGCGAGGACAGAACUUGGAGGUCAUUCAGCUGAGGGGAGGGGACAGUGGCGCGCUGGAGAGGGAGAUUCUCCGAGAACUGGUGUGGGUGUUUGCUGCGCAGGGCGUCGAGGAGUGUUGGGUGGGCGUCUAUGUUGCCAAUCCCUCUAGUGAGGCAGAGGCAUUCGAUGUACGGUUUGACGGAUUGGUCAUUGAGCACUUGGGGAAAGAAUGA